AUGGAGGAUUUCAUUCUAUCGGAUAAAAACUUCAAACGGUCAAGGCUUCAUUCCCUCUAUUCAGAUUUUUCACAUCUUAAGCAGACUAAUGUCGAGGGAUAUGCUGCUAACCUUACUUCGUGGAAGUUUUUACUUCUAGACAUUAUUAGUAAACAUGUGGAACUCUUGUGUCAGGACGAUGCUAUAUCUUUUGAUAGUAACACCUUGGUCAGCAUUUUGACUGUACGAGAUACUUCCUUAACAUAUAUACCGAAAGGUUUAUCUGAAGUCUUGAACUCUAUGAUAAAUGAAGAUCAUACACUAGUGCCUCUUUCACUUUUCAAAUCAAAGCCGGUAGAUGUUAAUGGCAAUGGUGAUGGUAUUUUGCGAUCUAUUUUUCGAUCCAUAAUGGGAACAUCUUACUGUAAUCAUGUUACUAAUUUUGACACUGCAGAUCCAUCAUCCGAUGACGGUGGAUUGAUUCCGAAUGAGAAGUUUAUUUGUUUAAGUAAACUAAAAGAUAUAGCAGGUCAGAUAAAGCUAUUGCUAACUAGUAACAAUCCAGCUAAAUUAAAUCAUCUUCAAAAGCUGGCGGAAAAUAAUGAUGUUGUGAAAACCCAAACAGAUUUUGACUGCUGCAUUCAGUAUCUAACCCGCGAUACUAUGGAUGUUGGCUUGAAUGGUGAUAUUACCUACUUAUUAGGUUCCGAUGGUCGUUUUAAAGGAGAGAAUAUAUCUGGACUGGAUCUGGCUACCUUAGAGACAGUAGCUGAUCUUAAUUAUUCUAUUUUCAAACUACAAAAUCACUAUGAUACCUUGCACAACAGUCUAAAUACAUUGGAUCACAAAAUUCAUGGAUUAAUUCGGGAGAAACGGUUAAAAUUAGCGAAGAGUCAACUUCGGAUAAAGAAAAUCGUGGAGAAACAAUUGGUGGAAAAUCAGUUGAAGUUGGAAAAUUUGCAGAUUGUGCGGUUGAAGUUGCAGGAGGCAAAAACCAAUGUUAGCGUUGCAGAAACAUUAAAAUCCAAUGCAGACCUUCUUAAAAAGAUCAACAAGGAAGCUCCUGAUGCUGAUGAACUUGAUUCUAUCUUGCAAGAUAUAGGUGACGAAUUGGAUCGGACAACAGAAAUCUCUUCUAAACUUGGAAAUUUGACAACGACUGAAACACAGGAGGAGGAGAAUAGUAUAGAAACUGAAUUGUCUGCAUUGGAAAAAGAGGAGGAGGAUAAGAACAGGAAGUCAUACACUAAGGAGAAGUCAGAAAAUGCAGAGCAAGAGACAUCAGAAAAGUUGGAGAAGGAUAUCAAGCCUAUUUCAAUGGAAAACAAAUGUAAAGAUAACUUGAAUAAACAAUUAUCUAAGACAAGUGAAGUAGCCAUUGAAACAGGGCAUGCACAAAUCGAGGCUCUCGAAGAACGUUUCAAAAAAUUAACUUUACCAAAGGAAGGGACUUCGAGGUCAUUAAAGAGGAAUGAUAAGAAACAUCGUCCUGAUAAAACACGCGAGCCACUUACAGCUUAA